AUGACAAAGGACAACAACGACCCACAAAAACAAGCUGAACUACAAGCCAAACUCUCUGCCAUGAUGCGUAGCCUCGCUAUGAUGGAAGGUAGCAGCGGUGGUCCCAAGCCAAUGAACGAACAUCGUUUCUGGAAUACCCAACCAGUAACUAAGCACGGCGAAGAGGUCUCCCAAAUUGGUCCCAUUGAGCCAUCUGUUCCUGUCGAUCAAGUACCCAAGGAUCCUCCUACGCUUCCCAAAGAGUUCGAGUGGUGUGAAGUGGAUGUUACUGACGAGGCCCAGCUUAAGGAACUCUACACGCUAUUGACGCUUAACUAUGUCGAGGAUGAUGAUGCCCAGUUUCGAUUCGAUUAUUCAGCCGCGUUUCUCAAGUGGGCAUUACAACCACCUCAGUGGCGAAAGUCAUGGCAUGUUGGUGUACGUGUAGCUGCCAACAAGAAAUUGGUUGCCUUUAUCAGUGGUGUGCCUGCCGAUAUCCGUACCUAUGAUGUCACAACAAGCAUGACCGAAAUCAAUUUCCUUUGUGUGCACAAGAAGCUUCGUUCCAAGCGUUUAGCUCCCGUGUUGAUUCGAGAAAUCACGCGUCGUAGCCAUUUGGAGGGUAUUUUCCAAGCAGCUUACACAGCCGGUGUUGUUCUUCCCAAGCCUGUUGCUACUUGCCGCUACUUCCAUCGUUCUCUCAACCCCAAGAAAUUGGUCGAAUGUAACUUUGCACGUAUUCCUCCAAAGUGGACUCUUGCACGCAUGAUCAAGCAUUACAAGGUCGCUGACCAACCUGGCAUCUCUGGUAUUCGUGAAAUGGUUGAGGCUGAUGUACCUCAAGUGCGUGAGCUACUCAACAAGUUCUUGAACCGAUACGACGUGGCCCCUGUCUUCCAAACCGAUGAUGACGUUAAGCACUGGAUCUUGCCCCACAAGGAUGUUGUAUGGACUUACGUUGUUGAGAACCCUGAAACCAAAAAGAUCACCGACAUGUUCUCAUUCUAUUCCUUGCCAAGCUCUGUCAUCAACAAUCCCAAGCACAAGACGUUGAACGCUGCUUACAUGUUUUAUUAUGCCGUCGAUAUACCUGAGGAAGUGAAGAGCAAUGAGGAGGAAGAGCAAAAGUUCUUGAAGAAGCGAUUGACUGAAUUGGCCAAGGAUGCCAUGACGUAUGCUCGAAAGGCCGAGUUUGACGUAUUCAAUGCGCUCGAUUUGAUGGAGAACUCGCUGUUUGUUCAGGAUCUCAAGUUUGGCCCUGGUGAUGGUCUCCUCAACUUUUACUUGUACAAUUGGCAAAUACCUGAUGUGUCCAAGAACAAGGUCGGUUUGGUCAUGCUGUAA